UUAACAGCCAAUGAGCUAAAGCAAAGCGUAGAGUUAUUCAAACGAAAGGAGCAAAGUUGUAUUGGGUAGAAAAAAUAAUGAAAAUGGCGUCUUAUCAAAGUGCACGAACACAUAUCGGUUGGUUCACCAAGCUAAGCUUAACAUUAAUUAUGGUGGUGGUUUUGCGAACAAAUGGAACACAAGCACUAAAAUCAUUUGGUCCAUCCAUUAAUUGCGGCCCAAACAGCGUGUAUCCAGAAAGUUGCAAACAUGGCAGCUUCACUAUAAACUUUAACCCUGAGUUCUGUCUUCCACGUACGUUAUGUCGGAAGGGCGUGGGUGAAGUUUGCCACGAAUAUAGCGACAGCAGCGAUUGUAAGCCGGGCUUGUACUGCAACUGUUACCACCGCUGCAGUGAAAAUCCCGAAAUUUGUCCAUUUUUCGGUAACGGUAUAUUGGAUUUAAAUACUAAGAACUAGAUAACGCAAAUACAAAAUUAGGUUUUAGACAAUUUUAUAUGCUUAACGGUUUAGACGGCUCAGCAGCAUUAGUAUGUAUGCAGUAUUUAUACCUAUAGUUAGUUUAUGUAAAAGUUAUAUUAAUAAUGUAAUAGCUUUGGAUAACUUAGAUAUUAAUAUAGCACUAUGUACAUCUUUCUACUGGAUAAAAAUUCUAAAAUAUUUAUAAUGUUUUUCAAAUUUAUUUAACAUAUUAAAAUUAUAGAGAAAAUACGAAUACAAAUAUAUGAGCAAAUAUUAAA